GAUUUGUGAUUUUGUUGGUGGCCCGGCCCGGGCCCGGUUAAUUCUAGUUGUUUUAUAGAAAAGUAAACGAAAUAAAUCAAAAAUUUGCAUUAAGACUGAAGUAAAAAUGUCUUUUGUAGUGCUUUGCUCUUUUGCCUUCGCUUUUUAUGCCGUUAUAUGGUUCUUUGAUUCAUUCUUCAAGAGCUGCAUGCACUAUCCGUACUAUGCAUUCUUGGAAGGAACUGGGUUGAAGGUUGGAUUACUGAAUUUUUCAUGGACCACUACAGCCUUUAACCGCUUUAUUUAUCGGUGGAGUAAAAACUUAUCGCGAAUAUUGAAGAAGUGGUUUACAUGUGGAUAUUUGUUUACUGUUUGGAUUUUCCUACCAUUUGCUCUGUGGACAUUGUUAUCGUUUAUAUUCGAGCAUUUUUAUGAGACAAUUCAAUUGAAUCAUAUUCCAGAAGUAAAAGCACUACUGCCAGGUGUGAAUAUACCAGCAUCUGAUUUCUGGGUGUAUUUCCUUGCUAUUGGAUUGAGUAGUGUAUUCCACGAGCUUGGGCAUGCUAUGGCAGCAGCCCAAGAAGAUGUGCAGUUACUUGCAGUUGGGGUGUAUGUGUUUACAAUCAUACCUGUUGCAUUUGUGCAGCUGAAUACGGAACACUUGAAUAAUUUGGAUAUCACCAAGCGACUAAGGAUAUACUGUGCCGGAGUCUGGCAUAACAUUAUAAUUGCAUUAAUAGCUUUACUUCUAUUCUUUUCUGCUCCAAUAUUAUUCAGUAUAGCUUACGAGAGUGAAGUGGGGGUAAGAGUUACGGGCUUCACUGAUGAUUCCCCUUUGAAAGAUGCACGAGGUUUGGAUCAAGAGGACAUAAUCACAUCUGUAAACGGAUGUGAGGUGAAGUGUGCUAGUGAUUGGUCAUACUGCUUGCAUCUAGCACACGAAAGAUAUGGGAUAUGCACUAGUGCUGAAUUCAUUGCUCAAAAUGAUGAGAGCUUGGUGGAGACGCUAAAAGAGAGUGUAGUAGAAUGCUGUAGGAAAGAUGAUUUGUAUAGCUUUUGCUUUGAAUAUAUGGAACCAAAAGUUGGAGGGGAUUCAGUUUUACCUGGACAAUUCUCCUGCCUGAAGCCUCGGGAUAUGAUCAAGAAGAAAUUCAGCAAAUGUACUGACUCAGGCGGCUAUUCAUGUCCUCGAGGGACUCAUUGUAUGAAACCGUCAUUAAACAAUCACACUUAUUUACUAAUCAUUGAGAGGAAGCAGAAGAAUCCUGUUCUAUAUUUAGGACUGCCUUACGAUUUGUACAAAACAGUUUUUAUAGAUCAGUAUUUUCCGAGGGUAUCACUGUUUUCACUUUUCUCACCCACUCAAUUUGAGAAAUUUUUGAGAUAUGUAUUUAUAUUUUCUAUGGGUAUUGGUUUUUUGAAUGUCCUACCAUGUUAUGGUACUGACGGCCAUCACAUUGCAAGGAAUUUGAUUCAAAUAUUAGCUAAGUAUUUGAAUAGAAAUGGUGACUUUGUCACUUUCUUCACAGUUUUCACAGUUGUCGUAGGGACGGGGGUGACAGGGCCUGUAUUGAUAUAUUUGUUUUAUAAAUCUAUUAAUGAAAAUUGAAAAUGAUUGAAGCAUUGCAAGUAAGAGGUGUGAAUACUUAAAUCCAAGAUUGAUGAGAAAUAAGGGAAUCUUUAUUAUGUAUGGACCAACUCUGAAGGGAAAGCAAAGGAAAUUUUAUAUUAAUAAGUCUGAUAUCCGCCUAUGUAUGAAGGCAUAGUGUAAUGUUCUAAGAUAUAUCUAGUUUGUAUACAUUUUAUACAUUUAUAUUAUAACAAUCAAAUUGUAUAAGGCCUGUAGAGGAUUAGAUGUUUUAUGUGUAUGUCCUAAGGCUUCAUUUUCUGUUUCAUCUUAUAUCAAGGCCAAUGUAAAUAUAAAAGUUCUAUGUAUCUUAAAGUUUUUUUUUUAUUGGAUACGAGGUAUCACAAUUUAGGUUAUUGACGUCAACAAACUAAGCCUAACUUUAGUUCUCAUGGAUGGUAGGUUGUUUAUACUACAGUGGAUUUGUGGCUUAGAUGAAUUAAGUGCUUUGAGUGCAAUAACAACAUUGUAUAUAAGUUUUGUAAUAUUAUUGAAAAAAAAAAAUAUCCUAAAUUAUUUAGUUUAGAAAAAAAAGGGAUUUUUUUAUAAAUUUUUUGUGUUGUGUGUUAUUUUACCAAUGAGAAGGGAGUCUUGUUGAACCUAAGAGUUUACUCUAACAUUUAUGUUAGUUUGUAAAUAUGUUUUUAUUUAAUGUAUAUAAUAUACAAAAACUGACAUUU